AUGGCUUUGCCUCUCACUCUGCUCACUCUACUUUUUCUGUCAUGUUUUGGCUCCGUUAGCGCUAUUCUCAAUAAAUGGGAGGCUACCAGUUUUUGCAAAUGCAUCUGCUUCCAGUCAAACUAUUCGAUUCUCCAUCUGAAUUUCCCGGACAAUCCGUCGCAGCCCUGUCUAUCGUGUACGAAACAGUGGUGUCUGAACCAGAAUCUGCCUAUCUGUGCUGGUGCUUCCCUGGGAGACACUGAUCCGGACACGGCGACAGGAAAAGAAGGUGACGUUGAAGCGAGAUGUUUUCAGCGUGAUUCACCACGAGACCAGCUGGUGGUGACACUGUUCCUGUUGACGGUCUUUGGACUUUUGCUUGGUGCAGGGAUAAAGAGCCGUAUGAUUAAGGCUGGCAUCAAUACUAGUGUCCCGUGGAAUGCAAGCCGGAGGUGGUGGGAGGACUGGACUCCUCGACGGCAGUUCCAAGAGCUGGGACUUUCUCGCUUGGGACGGUCACGAUAUCAGGGCGAGGAAUACAUUCGAGUGAAUGAGGGCGAUAAUUAG